AUGUUGAACACCACGCUCGCAGAGAAGUUAUCGAAUGUAUGCGAGGCGCCGAGUUCUGAAUUUGCGUCGUACAGCGACUAUGGCUAUGUACCAUCUCUCGCUGCAGGCAUCGUCUUCACCGUGAUUUUUGCUUUGAUAAUGAUUGUACAUACUGUGCAAAUGAUAUGGACGAAAUACUGGUGGUGUUCUGUCUUCGCCAUUGGGGCUAUGACUGAGGUUCUAGGUUGGGCAGCGCGGACCUGGUCUUCUUCGUGUCCCUAUAUACUGACACCCUUUCUUAUGCAAAUAUCUACCCUCAUCAUCGCCCCUACGUUCUUUACAGCUGGUAUCUACAUUCUUCUUGGGCGUCUUAUUGCUCUGCUCGGCCGUUCAUCCUCUGUCCUGAGCCCGCGUCUCUAUCUCUACAUUUUUGUUACCUGCGAUAUCAUCUCUCUCGUCGUGCAGGCUGUCGGUGGUGGUUUGGCAUCUAUUGCGCUGGAGAACAACGGCAACACUUCCCCGGGUACCGAUAUUAUGGUUGCCGGUAUCGUAUUCCAACUGGCCUCGAUCACGAUCUUUGUCUUCUGCGCUGCAGACUUUUUCCGGCGUGUUCUGAGACAACGACUGUUGGCCUCGGUGGAGGGCAGUAUCACGCCGUUGCUGCUUGCUAUGAUGUUCUCCAUCUUACUGAUUUAUAUUCGGAGUAUCUAUCGUACUAUUGAAUUGGUGCAGGGUUGGACGGGAUACGUUAUCACGCAUGAAGCGUUCUUUAUUGCUCUGGAUGGUUCCAUGAUGGCCCCUGCCGUUGGAAUAUUCCUCAUUGUUCAUCCUGCUUGGUUCAUGCCCAAGCAGAAACCGGUCGGUGAAUACGAUGAGAUCUCGAUGGCGUCGGCGUAA